CCGCCUCUCGACGGAUUUUUGAUUGGAUAAUGUACAACGUCAGGCAAGGAACGCUGAAAGAGUUCCGCGCAUGCUUACGAGUGCCUAACAGCUGGAAAAGGCGGAGGUUGAAGGCUUAGCGAUGGCUGACGUGGAAGAGACUCUGAAACGGAUCCAGGGCCAGAAGGGGGUGCAGGGGAUCAUUAUUGUGAACUCUGAAGGAAUUCCAAUUAAGAGCACGAUGGAUAAUCAGACCACAGUGCAGUAUGCAGGCCUCAUGCACCAGCUUGUGAUGAAAGCACGUUGCUCAGUUCGGGAUAUAGACCCUCAGAACGAUUUAACGUUCCUCCGAAUAAGGUCUAAGAAAAAUGAAAUUAUGGUUGCACCAGAUAAAGACUAUUUCCUUGUUGUGAUUCAGCAGCCUACUGAAUAAGGCCAAUUCAAGCCCAUUUUCCCCCGGUUUUGUUAUCCAUGUACUAUUUAACUCAAGCCCUUUAAUGGCAAAGCUUGGCAUUGAUACAAGUGACUAAAAACACAAGUUUCCUGGGCCAACCCACCAUCCAAGAAGAAAAGCUUUCUUUGAUUAUAUGUACUGACCCACCAUUGUAUAAUUGCUUUAUUGCCUUCCCAUGUACAAUAUGUACUGAACCCAUUAUUAUUCAUUUGUUAUUAAAUGCCCAUCAAACAACA